AAUACCCACUGCUUGGAAGCAGAUAAAAAUUGUACCUGUGCCUAAGCCAUCUUCUGGAUCAGAUGUUACUUUUUGACCCAUCGCUAUAACUUCCCCUUUUCUGAAGACAAUGGAGAAAUUACUUCUGCUUGUGAUUGAGCCUUCAUUGAUGGCCUUCAGAGAUCCAAAACAGUUUGCUUACAAACACCGGAGGAGUACUUUAGAUGCAGCUACUGUCUUGCAUCAUAAUAUUGUUUCUAGUCUCGACAAAGGUGUUAAGUAUGUCCGUUGUGCCUUUUUGGAUUACUCAUCAGCCUUUGACUCUGUUCCUAGACCACUUUUGUUAAAUAAGCUUGCCAUAGCUCACACUGAGCCAUGGGUUACAAAAUGGCUGCAUUCUUAUUUUUCUGAAAGGAAACAGUACACUAUUCAUAAAGGGAUGCUCUCCACUUCAUUGCUUACUGAAGCUGGUGUGCCUCAAGGUGCUGUACUUUCUCCUUUUCUGUUUUCGUUUUUUUGCACGGUUUGCCUCAUUCUGUUGAAACUAAUUUUAUCAAGUAUGCUGACGACCUGACGAUUUCUAUUCCAGUAAACUCUUCUUUGGAUUGCUCGAAAUUAAAUGAAUUCUUGUCUGAAGUUGGUAAAUGGUCUGUCUCAAAUGGUCUCAAACUAAACCCCUCUAAAUGUCAGACCGUUAAUUUUAGCCUCAGGCGUAAACAAGACUUAUGUGAGCUGCUUAAAUCUCAUGACGCCUGCUGCAUCAAUGGUAUUUCUGCAGAAAGUAAAU